AUGAGCACCGCAUGUUUACCCGAAGUAAAAGAGACUGUUAUCGUCGAAAAGGUCUACCAAACUCCUUCCGUUGUGCAAAAGAUCAGCGAGAGAAGGAGACAAGGCGAUCGCAACAUUACGGGGAUUUCUGACGAUACAGGGUAUAAUGGCUCGAGACCAAACUCCCAGCCGAAUUUUCAAAGUGAUUCUACAGAUGAUGGGUCUAGUUCGGACUGCUCUCUUCAGAUAGCAGAUGAGCGAGAGUCAAUAUCGUCCGCUGGAACCUUUUUAUACGAAGACCCUCUCUCCAAACCCUCCGUUGCCUCCCUCCCUCCUCUCCCCGUCGGUCCGUCCGGUCGUCGGGCCAGAGGGAAGCAAUGGAGCUCCGAGCCAAAUCCUGAUUCCAUCCUGGAAACCAUCAACCCCUCCACUUAUCGUUCCUCUUCGAACGACUCCGUCAGUUCAGAAAAGAACCCAAACGAACCGAGAAGUAAAAGAAAAGGCUACGCAAUUAGGCCGAGACCGGACGAACUCGAUCUUGCCCGACCUUCAACGCUUUCAAAAGAGAGUCAAAAUCGAAUUGCGAUCCUGCGCGAGGUCGUUGACACGGAGCAAAAUUACGUCAAGUACUUGAGAAUCCUCCUAGAUAGAUUUAUCAAGCCGCUCAAGAGACAAAGACUGUGUACUCAGCAGGAGAUUUCGCAGAUUUUUUGCAACAUUGAUGAAAUUUACACAGAACACAGUGGUUUCGUCAAGAAGCUCGAAGAAAUACAGUCAUUCAUCGAGCAUCAAGAUAAUGCCUCGAUCGGAGACGUAAUCUACUCCUUCGCGCAACGAACGAGUCUUCAUCAAGCGUACAUAAAGUUCAUGACGAACUAUGCUUCCAACGAAAGUGGCUGGAAAGAUGUUGCUUCGAGACAAGCUGUUGAUGAUUUUCUCACGGAGGAAUACGCGAAUCUCAGUCGGGAAACGCCGCCAAUGAAGCAGAGGGUGGAGGAUAUGCUAGGAACGAUUCGGGAUCGAUUCUACAAGUACAAGAUGUUCACCGAGCGGCUCGUCAAGGACACGCCAGAGUAUCACGACGACCACAAGGAAAUUCUCAAGGCCGAACGCGAAAUCGGUGUUAUCCUGACCCGUCUCGAUCGCGAAGUAAAAAUCGCCCAGAAAACUGCACGAAAUCUCAUCCUUGUUUCCCUGAUCGAAAAGGCAUUCGAAGAUGACUUUUCGACAUCUGGAAUCAACGAAGAAACGAGAAAUUUGAAGUACUUGUGCUACGAUCCAAUUACGAUUCAAACUUCGAAAAAUAAGGGGGUUUACUACUUGUGGCUUUUCAAUAAUAUGCUCGUGAUAUCUCAGAUGUCAACAAAGCAGUCAAAGCUUAAAGUUCCUCCAGAAGUUCAACAAGAGUUCCCAGAAGUCGAUUUGUCGCACAAAUAUAAGGGCAAUAAUUAUUUUCUCCUACAAGAUACCUCCCUAAAAGAAGCCUCCCAAUCCCAAGAUACCGACGAUAAACUCGACCGAGCUCGAAAAGAAAUAGAAAUCCUCGACAAUGCCAUCGACAUACUUGACAAAGCGACCCGCUCAGAAAUCCUCAACAAACGACUGGAACUCGAAAAAUUGAAAAAAGACUUGGACAAGGAAUUCCGCGAUCUUUCGAUACAGCACAAUACUUCACUGGAGAUUGAAGUGAACACCGCGACAAACGGCCUGGAAACUAUCCCGAUCGAAUUCCAAUCCCUCGAUCCUCAAAAACGCUACGACUUUAAAAAGCUCUUCGACGCAGCCAAGAAAGAAUCCAUCGGUUGCCGCAGCGCUGGGCCAAGGAUGAGCCACUGUCUUCCGCUGCAAAAGUCGAGGAAUGGUCAAGACCCGAGCGCGGCAAUUUCGGUGAAUGGAAAGCUCUGGGUGCUCUCGACUUCGGAAAGACAGAAUAGUCAGAUUUGCAUUUUGAAUGAAUCCAAAGAAAGUUCGCCGCAUUACGAGAUUUGCGAUGCUCAAGUCAACACAAUGUGUCACGUGACUUCAUCGAGCCGGGUCCGCGACCGUCGAUUCCGAGAGCUAGAAAGCCGGGCGUACAGAGACGACUCGGAUUCGGACGAAAGUGAUUGCGGAAUUCCACUUUCCCUCGCUGGCGGGGGACAGUUUGUUCCAGACGAUUGCGUGUGGCUCGGAACGGACGAUAAUCGAGUCCUGAUCUUUGAAACGGAAGAAGAUGCGAAAAAGAAGACGCCGCGAGCGACGAUUAAACUCGAUGCUCCUGUACUCUGCAUUUUGGUUCACGAGGAGCACGUGAUCAUUUCCAUUGGAACGACGGAUAGUUCCGCCGCUCUCUGCAUCUUUAGCCGUGUUUCUGCUGGUUGGAAGAUUGAUGAAUGGAGGACGCUUUCCGUGGCGAAGGAUCUUUGCGAUGGGGAGAGGAAAGAGGAGUUUUUGAAUAUGCUCUAUUCGGGUUUUAGCAAGAUGAUCAUCGUUGAAGGAGUGGACGGCUUCAAAAAUGAAAUCUGGGCUGCAUCUGGCCCUUUCAUUUUUAUCCUGGACAGCGAGAACAAUUACAAAAUCCGGAAGGUAUUCGAUGCGAAGAAGAGCGAGACGCCCGGAAGCAGGCCACUUCAGAUCACGGCGAUGGCAUCCAGCCACGGCACUGUGUACAUUGCUGUCGACGAAAAGUGCAAACUGUUCGUUCUCGAAGCUGGAACUCGCGCAGCUCUCGAUCCAAUUGACCUAGAUAGUCACGUGAAUAGACAAUUAAACGCCUUUUCCACCGGCAAAGACGAUAUAAUCAGGCAACACAAGAAAAAUAGACUCAGGAUUAUGUGCUUAUUGAUGACGCAGAAUUAUCUUUGGGUGGGAACUUCUGCUGGAGUUGUCCUAAACAUCGAAAUUCAUGCUGGAAGAGCUGCGACUCAUAAUAAUCAACAAUUGAUUCAAGCACUUUCGCAUGGGCAUACAGGAAGAGUUUUGGUUCUAGCGGCGCUGGAAGUUGACAAGUCAAAGAUGAGAAUGACUCAUGAAAAUAGAAGGCGGAUGAGUGCGACGGCGACGCAAAAGAAGGUUUAUUUGGUCUCGGCUGGAGAAGGACUCGAAAACUUCACCCAAAACUCCUGCGAUGCAAUUGGUAAACACGAUGCAACUCAACACCUAAUCUACUGGAGAUGUCGAUAG